CACGAGAGACGAGACGCUGGCACGCUGCUGCGGUGCUGCCCUCUCCGCGAGGCGGCUCGGCUGUGACGACGCACACACCGUCCGCAACCUCGCCCAACCACCUGAGAUUAGAACGAGAGAAGAGAGGAAAAAGAAAAUCGAAACGCUCUCACGGGCUCACCAUCAAUUCGACGCAUCGGUGUACUAAACUCGGCUACUUUCCCCAUCUCCUCCUCGUCCUCCUCUCCCGGUGGUCGAUUAGACGAGGCGUCGUCGCCUCGCUUGCCCCCCGCAAACCGGAUCGGCAGAUCCGGCCGCGCAUCCCGUCCACCACCCGGAUGGCUUGCGCCUCCCCACCCAUCGCGGCCCCGGGGAUAGCGUAGCAUGGGCCAAUCCCCCUCGACUCCCCGCCUCGCCAAAUCCAGCUCCUCCUCUUCCUCUUCCACCUCCUCCGCCUCACCCUCCCCUCCUCCUCCUCCUCCUCCUCCUCCCAUGGCGCCGCCCAGGGCGCAGCGGACGAUGCUGGUGGUGGCGGGGGACGCGCCGCCCACCGCCGGCGGCGGCGCAAGGUUCGCGGCGCCGCCGCCGGAGCGAGACCACACGCAGGACCUGCCCGACGAGAUCCUCUCCCUCGUGUUCGCGUCGCUCACCCCGACCGACCGCAACGCGUGCUCGCUCACCUGCGCGCGGUGGAAGGAGGUGGACGCCUCCACGCGCCACCGCCUCUCGCUCGACGCCCGCGCCGCGCUCGGGUACGCCGCGCAGGGGAUCUUCGCGCGGUUCACGGCGGUGAGCAAGCUCGCGCUCCGCUGCGCCCGGGGCUCCGGGACGGACAGCCUCUCCGACGACGGGGCGCGCCAGGUGGCCGCCGCGCUGCCGUCCGCGCGGCUCGCCAGGCUCAAGCUCCGCGGCCUCCGGCAGCUCUCCGACGACGGGCUCGCGUCGCUCGCUGGCGCCACGCCGGUGAUCCGCAAGCUCUCCGUCGCGUCCUGCAGUUUUGGGCCCAAGGCCUUCGUCGCCGUCCUCCGGUCGUGCCCCCUCCUCGAGGACCUCUCCGUCAAGCGCCUUCGCGGCCUCCCUGACACCGCCGGCGCCACCACCGCCAUCACCGAGGAGAUCCUCUUCCCGCCCGCCUCGUCGCUGCGGUCAGUCUGCCUGAAAGACCUGUACAGCGCCCUCUGCUUCGUGCCGUUGGUUGCCUCGUCGCCGAACCUCCGGUCGCUCAAGAUCUUGAGGUGCUCUGGCUCCUGGGACCUCCCAUUGGAGGUCAUCGCCGCGCGUGUACCUGGCCUUGUUGAGCUCCACCUUGAGAAGCUGCAGGUGGGUGACCGCGGCCUCUCCGCUGUAUCGGCAUGUGCAAACCUUGAAGUCCUGUUUCUUGUCAAGACCCCAGAGUGUACUGAUGCAGGCAUAAUCAGCGUUGCCGAGAAAUGUCACAAACUGCGCAAGCUACAUAUUGAUGGGUGGCGCACAAACAGGAUUGGGGAUCAUGGCCUCAUGGCUGUUGCACGAGGAUGUCCAGACCUGCAAGAGCUCGUCUUGAUUGGGGUCAACCCUACCGUGCAGAGUCUCCGUAUGCUUGGUGAACAUUGCCGCUCACUGGAGCGUCUUGCCCUUUGUGGGUGUGAGACCGUUGGGGAUCCUGAGAUCAUUUGCCUGGCUGAGCGCUGCGCUGCGCUCAAGAAGCUUUGCAUCAAGGGUUGCCCAGUCUCAGACCGUGGGAUGUGGGCACUGAAUGGGGGCUGCCCCAGCUUGGUCAAGGUGAAAUUGAAGAGAUGCCGGGGCGUAUCGUAUGAAUGUAUUGAGAACCUGAAGGUGGUUAGGGGUGGCUCAUUCUCUAUCAGCUUGGAUAUUGUAUUGGAGCGUGAUGCUGGAGGUGCAAUUGAAAAUGGCGGGCAAGAGGCUGGACAGGUGCAAAUUACAGAGCUUACUGAUCAGAUGGCAGCCAUGGAUCUCCCGACUAACGCCAGCAAUGCACAAUCAUCUGCCCAGGCAAGUAGUAGGAUGAGGAGCGUCAUGUCAGCACUCAGGAGGAGGUUUGGCAAUCCUCCAGCUCUGUGAUGUGAGAUAAAAAAAAUUGAUGAACCUAUUUGCUACUUUAUGCAUUCUAAUCUCAUAUUCAUGUUCCUUAGGUUAUUAAUUUUACUAUCUAGUUCUCGCAAAAUCAUCAUGAUGGAUAAUUCUGUGUUACCAUUGCUAUUUCAUCAGCAGUUGUUGCCCUUUCUCUGAUUAAAAAAAAGGGUUUGGUUUAGCUUUUUGUUGAUGAUUAGGAUGCAUCUAUACAAAUUUAUUUCUUUGGUUGCUUCGAGUUGUAGAAAUCUGGCCUGCAAGCUUAACUACCUCAGUACUAAAAAUAGCUGCCAUCGCUGUCGAGCACAUUGGAAUAAUUAGCUGUAUAGGGCAGCCUACAACAUGGUAUAUAUAAUUGGUUGCUCUUUGCACUGCAGUCUCCGAUUCUGCAUUAGGUUUUAGAACCAAACAUGCAUAAUUGAACUUGUGUUCUCUUUUAAGAUUCUUCUUCCAUUUAUCUAGCUUGUUAUACAUGUAGUGUGCUAUUGAAAUGGUAUUCUGUAAACAAUGAAGAUAAUGCAUAUGUUAUGCCAAGUGCCA